GAGAAAAUAGCGUGCUGUUUAAAACCAUGCUCCUACCUCCGCCCCCUCCUGCCGCUUCCCGUGCCCGGAACGGCGGCAUCGUCGUCAUUUACUCAUCGUCUCACCCUCGGGCGCACGCUCUUUGAUCACUCCUCCUCCGCUCUGGUGUCCUGUUCCGACGCGGCGCGGGGAGUUUCGCUUAAACCCCACCCACCCGAUGGAAUUCACCGCCGAUCGGCACCGCCCCGCCGCGCCGAUGCUGUCCGUCCGGCGGGCGAGCGGGGGGAUCCGCUGGGCACGUCGCGCCACCGCCGCCGCCCGGCCGGGGCUCUCGCUGCUGAUGCCCCCCGUCGCGAAACGGGCGGUCUCCGGCCACUUCCUCCCCAGCCCCAGGAACAUCGUUCGCUCGAGUGGCAGCGGCAGGGAACAUCGCGGCGAGGUCGACGAGGAUGAUGCUUGGAGCGACCGAUCGUUCCCGAGGGGCGCGGAUCCCUUGGAUGGUGAUGCGAAGGAUGACGCUGCUAGUGCGCGUUUGGCUAGGGAUAAUCCUGGAGGAAUCAGGAAGGAGCUCGUGAACCUGGCUGGCCCGGCCAUAAUCGGCCAGGCAAUCGAUCCUCUGGGGCAGUUGCUGGAGACUGCCUAUAUUGGUCGUUUAGGUCCAGUGCCGCUGGCUUCGGCUGCCGUUGGCGUGUCAGUCUUCAACAUCAUCUCAAAGCUUUUCAACGUACCGCUCUUAAGCAUCACCACCUCAUUUGUGGCUGAAGAUGUUGCCAGGAAUGAUUCUUCACAGCUUAAUCCGGAAGGAAACAUAACCAGCGAGGCUGGAGAAAGGAAGAGGCUUCCCUCCAUAUCUUCUGCUUUACUUUUGGCAGCUGCUAUUGGUGUUAUUGAAGCUUUGGCUUUGAUUCUGGGGUCUGGAAUACUCCUCAACAUUAUGGGCGUCUCACAUGCAUCAAGUAUGCACGAUCCUGCAAGGCUUUUUCUUUCUGUAAGAGCACUCGGUGCUCCCGCUGUUGUAGUUUCUUUGGCUAUUCAAGGUGUCUUUCGUGGAUUAAAAGAUACAAAGACACCUCUGCUUUACAGUGGUUUGGGCAACAUCUCAGCUGCGAUUCUACUACCCUUUUUUGUAUAUUACCUGAACUUUGGACUAACUGGAGCUGCUCUAGCAACUAUUGCUUCACAGUACUUUAGUAUGUUUCUGCUUCUCUGGUCUUUAAGCAAAAAGGCAAUUCUACUUCCUCCAAAAGUUGAAGACCUAGACUUUGUUGGUUACAUAAAAUCUGGUGGCAUGCUGUUAGGGAGAACUCUUUCAGUUCUGAUAACAAUGACCCUUGCAACUGCCAUGGCUGCUCGGCAAGGCACACUAGCUAUGGCUGCCCAUCAAAUUUGUCUGCAAGUAUGGCUGGCAGUAUCAUUGCUUUCGGAUGCACUGGCUGUUUCUGCCCAGGCGCUGAUUGCAAGUUCGCUUGCUAAACUUGACUACAAAAAGGUGAAGGAGGUCACAAAUGAUGUAUUGAAGACAGGUGUAUUUGUCGGUGUAGCUUUAGGACUUCUUCUGUUUGCCUCUUUUGGUAGACUUGCAGAACUUUUCUCCAGUGAUCCCAUGGUUCUACAGAUAGUAAUGAGUGGUGUUCUGUUUGUUAGUGCCAGUCAGCCAAUCAAUGCCCUUGCUUUUAUCUUCGAUGGACUCCAUUUUGGUGUCUCAGACUUCUCAUACUCGGCUUCUUCCAUGAUGGUAGUUGGAGCAAUAUCCUCUUUAUUUUUGAUGUUCGCUCCAAGAAUUCUUGGGCUUCCUGGGGUUUGGGCUGGCCUGGCUCUUUUCAUGAGUUUACGAAUGGCUGCAGGAUUUUUUAGAUUGGGUUGGACAGGAGGGCCUUGGUGGUUUUUGCACCAGAAAGAUCUGGAAUACAAGUUACACCCCAGAAAAUGUUGAUGUCAAGAACUGGGUUAUCCAAAUGGCAAGAUAGGAUGUAGAGUGGAAGUGAUAAAGCGUGGGUUAUACUCAGAGGACAAAUAAAGAAAAAAUGUUCUUACCAUUACAUUGACUUAUCCUCAGGGCUUGGAAGUCAGGAAACUGGAAUGGCAGCAACUCAUAAGCUAUACCAGGAUUUACUCCCUUGCGGAACCUCUCCUGCUUGUCAGCGUGAUCUGCUACAUCUUUUGGGGCAUAGCAAGGCGAUUAAACUCGCGCAGAUAUUCGGUGGACUUUCUUUUCCGAGUCAGCUCCUGAAACUCUUUCCUUUCGAUGUCCAUGACGUGGGCAUUGUGGAAGGCAGUGCGAAACUCUUGCAUUGCCAUAAGCCUCUCCCACCAGGAACUGGCUGUUCCUUCGAGCUUGCACUUAAAGCUGUUGUGCAUGAAGCUCGGUGUUAGAUGCAUGCUACACACAGUGGGCCAAAGUGUAUCAAAUAAUGUAUAGGACUGGGGCCUUCGGUUUAGCAUGACAUCUUUUGCUUUCGCUCUUGUUGUAGUUUUUCAGGUUUGCGAGUUGCAUGCACUUGACAGUAUGAAUAAUAAGCUUUCCUGCUUUUGUACUACUUCGUGAGAUGAUGAUGUUGUACUUUUUUUUCACCUGCAAUGAAUUCCUAUAUGUUAUUCCA